GCGGCGCGGGGCGGGGCGGAGCGCGGGCGGCGGGGGCAAGAUGGCGGCGGCGGGCCGGUACGCGGCCGUGCUGGUGCUGCUGGCGCUGGGCGGGCCGCGGGCCGAGCAGACGGAGGAGCACCUCAAGCGGGAGCACUCGCUCUCCAAACCCUACCAGGGUGUGGGCUCGGCCAGCUCGGGGCUGUGGGACCUGCAGGGUAACGCCAUGGUCAUGACCCACUUCAUCCGCCUCACCCCCGACGUGCAGAGCAAGCAGGGAGCCGUCUGGAACCGAGUGCCGUGUUACCUGCGGGACUGGGAGAUGCAGGUGCACUUCAAAAUCCACGGGCAAGGCAAGAAGAACCUGAACGGGGAUGGGUUUGCCAUCUGGUACACCAAGGAUCGCAUGCAGCCAGGACCUGUCUUUGGAAGCAAGGAUAACUUCCUGGGCCUGGGAGUGUUUGUGGACACCUACCCAAACGAGGAGAAGCAGCAUGAGGCUCAGAAGAGGAGGUACAGCCCGGGAAAUCAGCGUGUGUUCCCCUACAUCUCGGCCAUGGUGAACAACGGUUCCCUCACCUACGACCACGACCGGGACGGGCGCCCGACGGAGCUGGGGGGCUGCACGGCCAUGGUGAGGAACCUCAACCACGACACCUUCCUGGUCAUCCGCUACGUGAAGAGGAGGCUGACGGUCCUGAUUGAUAUCGACGGGAAGCACGAGUGGAGGGACUGCAUCGACGUGCCGGGCGUGCGCCUGCCCCGUGGCUACUACUUUGGGACGUCUUCUGUCACUGGAGACCUCUCAGACAACCACGACAUCAUCUCCCUCAAGCUCUACCAGCUGACAGUGGAGAGGAGCCCGGAGGAGGAGAAGCGGGACAGGGAGGUCUAUCUGCCCGUCGUGGACAACCUGAAGCUGCCAGGAAUGGAGGCACCGCUGGAGCCCAUGAGUGGCCUGGCUCUCUUCUUGAUCGUCUUCUUCUCCCUCGUUGCCAUCGUUUUUGCCAUCGUCAUCGGGGUCAUCAUCUACAACAAGUGGCAGGAGCAGAGCCGGAAACACUUCUAUUGACUUGGGAAUACCCUGGGAUAGCCCAUGGCUAGUCCUUGCUAGCCACCUCCUGCCUCCCACCAUUCCCAGACUGGCCAGAGCGUGAUGGACUGACCCCCAUGGCAGGGACCUUUGUGUGUGCCGUCCCCCCCCCACUGGGACGGCUGCUGCUUCUUGUUGGGCUCCAGAACUCCAGUGCUGCUCCUGGUGGGAGCUGGGAUCCUGUGAUGGCUGCAGGGAUGGAGCUGCCACCUCCUGAGGGAGCUUUGCUUUGGGACUUGUUCAGGAGGAUGUCAGGACGUGGGCAGGAGUCCUCACCUCGGCUCUGGGGGAUGCCAGCGAGC